CUCUCUCUCUCCCCCCACAUAUACAUACAAAUACAUACAAAUAUACACAGAAGUUCUACAACACAACUAGCUAGGGCUCUCGAUUGAAUCAGAAAAGGAAGAACAUGAAACGAACUCGAAAUCACAGUAAACCGCGCGUUCCUCACAAUCUGAUUUUAGAGGAAAUAAUUGGAUUGACUACACAAAACGGGAAUGGAUUGUCGUCGAGCAUUUCGAGUUCCAAAUUCGCUUACAUUGCUGGCUGUGUGGUGGUUUUGCACGAUGUUCGUUCAGGCACUCAGUCACACCUGGUGGCGCCGAAUCGAGUUCCCAAACCAUUGAGCUGCGUUGCUUUAUCCAGUGACGCAAGUAUUGUUGCAGCUGGGGAGUCAGGGCAUCAACCUGGAGUAUUGAUAUGGAAUUGCACCACCUUAGCCUUCAAAUGCGAGCUCAAAUGCCAUGCAUAUGGCGUGGCAUGCAUGGCUCUGUCACCUGAUGGCAAACACCUCGUCUCUGUUGGAUUUCCUCGUGAUGGAUAUAUUUGUCUCUGGGACUGGCAAAAUAAGAUAUUAGCUGCAAAAGUCAAGGGAUCUUCAGUUUCUUCUCCUAUCACAUCUAUUGACUUCUCGUUGGAUAAAAAGUUCAUCGUCUCUGCUGAGAAGAAUCAAUUGAAGAUUUGGAAAGUUAGAUGGUCCCCUGGAUCUCGUGCAAUUACUAGAUCCGUUUCUGUGAGUUUGCAGAGGAAAGUUGACCUAGGUCAUCACAAGGAAUCGUCAUUUCUAGUUGUUACAUUUCCCAGAUGGACGAGUAAUAGCUCUAUGAAACACAUUCAGGCUGGUGAACAGAUUCCUUUCUAUGCAGUUACAGAAGAAGGAAAUUUAUGCGCGGUAUAUCUUGGCUCAUCAGUCGUUAACUCAGUGGACUUAGAGGUAGAGAAAUGUUAUGCACUAUCGAUAUCCACAAGUUUGGUUGCUUGUGCAUGCAAUAAUGGACUCGUAAAAUUAUUUUCAACCAACUCUCUUAAAUAUGCCGGUGAACUAUGUUAUGUUGAAGCCAAAAGAAGCAAAAAGUCAAAUGUUGUGGACUGCCAAAGAGACAAUAGCCAAGUUGAAAGUCAAAAUUGGCCUGCACUUCCAGAUGCCGUUGCUUGUCAAUUUUCGACACCGGAAAAGCUUGUUGUGGUUUAUGAUGAUCAUAGCCUCUACAUAUGGAAUAUUGAUGAUAUAGAUAUACACAAGCGAUUUAUUGCAGUAACAGAAUUGUGUCUUAUCCAGGCUACAAGGUCUUGCGUGCUUGUCUCACAUAGUGGAUGUAUAUGGGACAUUAAAAAUGUUCCGUGUGAAAAUAUGCACGAUCCAUCUCUCUGUUGUGUUGCUAAAGGUUGUUCGGGUGGAUUAUCUUUUGUUACAUGUUCAGCGGAUGGUAACAUUAGGUUGUGGGAUCUUGCAUUUCAAUCUGCCUUGUCAGAAACUAGUUUGUCUCUUCCCCGGGAUGACAGCUCCAAUGAAGCCACUUGUUUAGUGAGUGCUGGAAUCUUCGAGCGUGAUUCUGUUGCAAAAGGUGUAUCCUCUCCAGGGUUUCAAUCAAUGGCAGUUAGUUUAGACGGAAAGCACCUUGCAGCAUGUGAUUGCCAAGGAAAUAUCCAUGUCUUCAAUUUAUCCACUUUUGGUUAUAUUUUCAUUCACGAUGACCAUGGUGCAGAAAUCCUUUCUUUAAGUUUUAACAUGACAGACAAGAACCAUUUUGAUUCCAAUGAAACUCGAGAAAGUCGCCUAUUUCUCGCUGCAGGAGCACGGGGUGGAAGAAUCUAUCUUUUUGAUGUUGAAAGGUUUAGAUUAUCAUCUCAUUCUUCUACUUAUGGCACCAGGAACUUUAGUUCCUUUGGCAGUAUUGAAUACCACACAUCCAACGUUACCUUAGUAAAGGUUGCACGUAGUGGUCGCGAGAUUCUCAGUUGUGGUGCUGAUAGUGAGUUCUUUGUUACUAGAAGGGCUAGUAACAUGUAUAUUAAUUUGUCAAAUGGAUGUUAUGGAAUAUGGCUCGAAUGUGUUGCUUCACAUGCACCACUUGAUCUAAUAUCUCUACCUUCACAGAUUCAACUGAUAUUCUCCUGUAGGUCUCUGGUUCUUCACAGUAUAGAUGUGAGUGGGACAGAAUGUAAGACUUCUGGCCUUCACAGGAUUGCGACUACUGGAACCAUUUAUGAUGUGGCUAUAGGUCAUUCAGUCAAUGUUGCUUUUACCAUGGGCCAGGAUAAGAAGAUAAAUGCAAUGGAUAUUCAAUCUGGAAAACUGAUUAGAUGGUUUCAGAAUGAUGGAGACGUUGGGAGCCCAAUUAAGGUAACUAUUGAUGGAAGCCACAGUUAUCUGGCUUGCUCUUACUCGAACAGAUCUAUAUGCAUAUUUGACUACAUAAGUGGGGAGAUGGUUGCACAAGCAACUGGACACGGUGAUGUUAUAACAGGCAUCAUCUUUUUACCCGACUGCAAGCAUCUUGUUUCUGUUGGUGCUGACAGUUGUAUUUUUGUUUGGAAACUCCCCGCUCUUCUGUCCUCAAGGAUUCUGGAAAGAAUUAAGGAUGUUCCUAUUCAGCUUCCGCCAGAAAGCACAAAUCAGCCCAGGACUUAUAAUGUGAUAAAGCCUGACCUAGUCGUUGACCAUCAAAACAAUGGCUAUAUCAAAGAAGCCUCUAUAAAUAGUAAUCUUAACAAAUUUUGCGAGGAAAUGUCUUUCCAAGAUCACAACAGCCCAGAAAUUCCAGGAUUUAGGUUCAGUAUAUCUCAACUUCCGAAAUGGGCACGAUAUCAAGUUACCAACAACUCCCUGCCCGCAAAUAUAGAUUCUAGUUCGUCCGAGGUUGGUGUCCAAGAAUAUCCAUGUCUAAGAUCACAAAGUCCAUCUAGUGAUAUUCCAGAAAUUGGCCAACAAGGUGGGUCCUUUUCCAGAAGUCUGUCAGAGACGCAUAGCAGCCCAGUAUUUCCGAGUCCUCCGGGAACUUAUAGCUGGAAGACAAACCAUCGUUGGUUAACCAUUCAUACAGUUUGUAUGGAUUCACUUGGUACCCCCGAAACAUGCGAUUUAAAGGGCCUGAAUGUGCAGGGAUCUGCAACAGAAAGCAGAUGCACCACACAAGGCCUCACAACUCAUUCCAACAAGCGCAUCAAGCUCUCGUCUUUGGAUAACAGCAGUGAUUGUCCUCCUGUAGAACCCAACUUCCAACAAAAUGAGCAUGCUAAUUUACAGGAUGCCCCUUUUGAGGAGUAUAAAGAUGUUGAUGUCCCCAGAAAGGAUUCUCAAGGAAAUGAAUUCUGCAAUACGAGUUUUGGCAACUCGUCUGCAGAACUGAAGAUAGAUGUGUCCAAGUUACCGACCAGGAGUAGCUGCCAGUCUCUGUGUAUAAUGCAACCAGAACUUCUUGAAGACAACACCCAAGAUUGUAUAGAUGGAUCCCCGAGAAAGAUCAAGAACACCAAUUCCAUUUUCUUUCAGACGAAACCAUCAACUUUGCAUGAGGGUUUGGCCCAUGAAAAAUACUCCAGAGAGGAUGCAAGAAAUGGAUCACCGAGCUCAAUUAGACAAAUUAAUGAUAUCACCCCCACAACUGAUUCCACUGAAAUCCCUGAGUGCACAACGGCUACUGAAAUGCCAUUGGACACGACAGUUGUAAAUAUCAGAGGCCGGGAAGCCCUUGAUAAAGUCAGAGAGGCGGAAGUUGUGAGAUCAUGUGAAGAAGCAUUACACAAUCUGGAAGCUGCAGCUGAGAAUUUAUUGCAGUCAUUUUGCCAAUUAGCCACGACAAAUGAUGGAGACGAGAAAUCAAGGGGCUCUAAGGUUCAGUUGUACGCUAAGGCAGCAGCAAGGCUUCCAUCAAUAGAGAGCAAGAUUCAGGCAAUAACCAAAUUACUUCAGCCAGCCAGCCAAAUCCCGUGACAAGAAUAAGGUUCCCUUCUAAAACCUCAUACUUAACAACAUAGAGUUAGCCGUUAGGGGACCCCCAAGGAAUCAUCCGCCUCAAGCAGGAUUUAAAAAUCUGGCAAACAGAA